GGGGCGGUUGGAAUUUGAAUUUUGGAUUGGCGAUGCUGGCGGCGGUUGGCCGCUCCGCUUUGGCCAUGGCUCUCGCCGCCGGCUCUCUUGGGGCUCUGGCCUCCGCCGCGGCCAAACUCUCCCUGGGAGGCGGCGGAAUCCUGGGGGCGAUGAACCGGGGGGAGGCCGAGUGGCUGUACAUACUACUUCGCGUAGGCUGUGGUGCAAUGGUAUUCUUCUUUAAUGCUUUGAUGUGGACAUUUUUUGCAAAAGCACUGCGAUAUUCUUCUUCAGCACGAGCAUCUGUGACCACCAUUGCUUCCAAUUUUCUCUCAUCAGCUUUUCUUGGAAAAUUGCUCUUCAGAGAAGUUCAUGAGCUGUUAUGGUGGAUUGGAAUCACAAUGACUUUAUGCGGAUUGCUUCUGCUUCACACAGUUAAAGAAAUGAAGGACCAAAGUGAUGCUUACAAAAAAGAGGAAUAAACUAUAUUUGGGGGUUCUGGAAAUCACUGCUAGUAACGGGGUAACCAGAAAUAAAUGAACUUGAACUGUUGAGAGCAUGGUGAAAGUCUCUCUCCUGGUUUUCUCUGUUUGCAGCUAUGGUCAUCUGACAUCAUUUGCAGAAACAAGGUAGGGGCUUUUACCAUUUAGGGUAAUAAAGAUAAAUAUAAGGUUCAAAUGAGACAGACAGGACUGUCUUAUUUUUCCAAUCACUAGAAGAGCUUCCUUAAGAAUGCCUACAGAAUAAGAAAAGUCCCCUAUAUAAGGCCUGCCCUUUCCACUGUCCAUGGGCAUCUACUUGACCAUUUAAUUCUCUGGAUAAAUUCCACAGAAUUUCUUGAACACAGAAGUUAUGGAGCAAAAUUAUGGGCUAUCUAUCCAUCUCCACAUGUCAUGCUGGCUGGUGAUGUCUGCAGAUACCAUCUUCUUAGCUACAGCAGAACAUGAACCACUGUGUCCCAGAAUAUGCUGUUGUUCCUCCUGCUAACCUUACAUACAUGUGAUCAUUCCUAACCAAAUGUUUAUUGAGUUCUGAAGCAACUGAUAUUUAAGUGCUCUGAUGCUUGAAACCAAUCCUGUCAAAUAAAGGACAAAAGCAAAAGGUUUCCUGUUCAUGAAACCCUGAACAAGCAUCAAUUCAAAAACACUUCAACCAAAUAAUAGAAAGACAAGAAAAUUAAAGUUAGAACUGUAUAAGUAGAGAUUUACCUGGGUCUCGUUCACUUUCAUGCUGUGACAUUGACAGUAAGUGAUGGAACCCCUGCUGAAUUUAGUCAAUGGAUGUUUGAGCAGUUUCUCUGGGAGUCCUGUCAAUCAUACAGUAGGAGAUUGAGGGCAUUCCAACAUUUGGAGUUGGUUAAAUUCCUACCAAAUUUGAGGCUUAUAGUUCCAUAUAGAUUAAGAAAUCUUCUAAUUUUGAUUAUAUUUCUGUAACUUGAGGUGAGUUAGGUUCUGUGUACACACAAACUGGAUUCAAUCCAUGUUAGAAUCUUCCUGUAAAAGAUUGUUAGGAGGGGGGGAACAAAAGUCUAAUGAAUAAAUCUGAGGAAAGCUGCAAGAGCAUAAAAUAAAAAUGCGUACACCACCAUUCCAGAUCCUCCUUGUGUGGUAGCUGACCAUGUGGAACUGUCUGCGGUGUGAUCCCUUUAACGCUCAUUUGUUCACCAGUGUAGCAUGAUGAAAACAUCAGUUAACCCUGUGUUAGGAAACCAGGUUUUUGGUCUUGUUUUACAGGUGUAGGGCUUCAUUUAGUAAAUUGUUGCACCAGAAAACACGCCUCAUAGCCACAUUUUGUAUAUAAUCGUUUAGCAAUGCUUGAACAAUGUAACACAUUCCUCCCCAUAGUGAAUGUAUGGAAAUAACAACAGAGCUGAAAUUUGACAGUUAAAAAUUUGACUAAAUAAAUUUUAUA